UAUAAUGCGGAUUGAGUUGGCCAAUAGGUCCGUUGUCGAGCCAACAGGAAUCGUAGAAAAUGUCUUGGUGAAAUGUGCUCAUUUUGUCUAUCAAUUGGACUUCGUGGUUCUCGACACGGAAGGAUAUGAUGCAUCGAUAAUCCUAGGCCGACCAUUCUUAGCUACGACAAGGAUCAUUAUCGAUGGGAGUGGGAGCAAGAUCACCUUACAGUUUGGAGAGGAGGAGAUAAUUUACAAGAUGAAUCCAAUCCUCAAUUUUCACUAGUAUUACGAAUGGGACGACAUCAAGAUGGAUUGUGAGCCGAUGACACCUCUACCACACCACCUCCAAGUUGCGAGAUAGAAUGGUUCAAUAUGGUCUCUCAUGUUGACCCUCAUGAUAGAAGAGUGGAAGGUGUGAGUGAUCCUUGCAAGAUUAAGAAGAGGCCAAUCAAAGAAAAGUUUCCAUACCAAAGGGUUACUCGAGAGUUGUUCAAAAUUUCUCCUCAAGCCAAUGAUUAUGGAAGGAAACUUAGAAUAUUCAUCUUUGAAGAAAGAUACCCCAAGGAAAGCGUUCGAAAUGUUAUGAGCAAGCUAUCUCAUAUAUUCAAAGAUGAAGAAUCCGGGGAAUGCACAUAUAAGGACAUUUAUACAAGGGAGUAUAGUUCUUUCAAUCAUGAGCACCAAUCUCCGGAUAUGUCUUUUGAAUCUCAAGCACCAGAUGACGCAUUCAAGAGACUUCAUGGUCUUCAUCUCCACCAUAAGUAUGAUUUUUAUGAAGAAUAAUAGGUGGAGAAUGGAUCUUACCUCUUGAUCUCAAGGAGUCAAGUCUGGCGAAAAAAGACUUUAAAAGACGUGCUAGUUGGGAGGCAACCCAACAACUCGGUUUGCGUAUCUUUUCCUUUUUCCUUUUGAAUAAUUGCUUAAGUAAGAGGAGUAGAAUUGCGUAGAUGAAGAUUGAUAGGACUUUACCCUUGCCUCGCCUUGUUUUUUGGAUGUUUGAUUGACCUAGAUGAAUGAUUAAGCUUAAGAAGUGGGUGAAAACAUGAUGUUUGUGUUUAGGGCAAAGAUCGUGGUUGUCACGCCAGAGAUCAUGAUCGCAAUCUCGUAGCAACAACCCGGGAUCUUGUACGCGUUUAUUUAAAGGGAAAACUGCACAUUGCAUCCAUGUGUAGUCUCUCCAUCUCAUCUUUUAGAUCUAAAUGUUGUGUUUCUCCACCUCUCUUAGCUUUAUGAGCAUACCUUCUCUACUUCACUUUCCCAUCUUUUGAGAAGUAUUUUUGGUUGUUUUUUAAUUUCCAACAUGAAUCCUAGCAAGAUAAGGUACACAUUUUCAUUUCUCCAUAUUUUAAUUACCUUCUUUUGCUAACCAUGUGUUGAAAGCUUUUAGGACUUGAAAUCCUCAUCCUCGUCUUUUCAUGACCUUUUGAUGCCCUAGGAGUAUUUUUUUGCUUUAAUGUUCAUGCUAUACAUUUUGGGAGACCUUGGUGGGCUAUUUCCAUGUAUUUCUUGAGUUUUCAAAGACCGCCCACCAAGUGUUCGAAGAAAGUCUCCAACUACACAGUUCCUAUUUUCUUCAAUCCUACUCAUUGAGCAUCAACUUCUAUACACUUGUUAACUCUUGUUUACUUUAUUGUGUAUUGUUUGGGGAGACCCUAGCAGAUUUCCUUGUCAUUGAACUCCAACUUCAACUAAGUACUCUCUUUCGUGCAUGCCUUAGUCUCACUUAAGUGUGGGGGAAAACUUAGAGAGUUGUUGAGGGUUCUUUGAAUAUUGCUUUUCAUGGUAUGUGGUGUUCGGAUUGAUGGUUUGUACAUUUUGUACUACUUGUUUUGAAGGAUAAUUUACAACACUAAGGAAAUGCAACGUGGAGAGAGUUCUUCUAAUAUGGAGCGUUCUCGAACCUCUAAUCCUCGAUAUGACCUUCAAAAGAAUAAAAGUAAAUCCGAGUCAAGGGAAGUAGUUGUUGAAGAACCACAUCCACCAUUACUCUCUCCCCACCUACAAAGGGAAGUCCAUCAAGAUAAUGAAGCUAAUGUUGGAGGCGGCAUAGACCACAUCACUUAAUAUUAUUUGGACAAUGUCCCCUAGCAAUUUAAGACCAAACUUUCAUGGCUUCAAGGAUACUCUUUGCGAGAGUACAUGUCUCAACUGGAUUGAGUAUUAGGCAUCCAUGGCCUAAGUUCUAUGUUUUCUUUUUCUUUGCUUUUAUUUCUUUUACUUUUAAACAAUGUUUAAUUAUUGCUUUACAUUUGUUUUUCUUUAAAGUACUUUAAAUAUUCUAGUACUAGUAGUAAUCGUACUUAUAUUAUCUUUUUAUCGUACCUAUAACUCUUAAAUGUCUUCCUCUCUUUAUUAUGCGCUUUAUCGUUGUGAAAACCACCAGAAAGACCUACACUUGUGUACCUUCACCAACCCACAACCCAUCCUAUGGUAAUCUUCAUGAUCUUCUCUUUUGAAACUCCCACAUUGAGGACAAUGUGUUGCUCAAGUGGGGGGGUGGGGGGGAUGUGUUUGAAUGCUUGAAUGAUUUUCAUGAUUGAUUGAGCCAUGGAUUGCUAGUAUCGUCCCUUGUUUAUGAAUGCUUAUGGGAGUGUAUGCUAGCGGUUGUGUGUGUGUUUCUGGUGUUGGGUGGCCAAAUGAUAGUGUUUUGGAACCUUGAACAUUGAUAGUAAAGUUUUCUCGUCUCCGUUUAGUCUUCUUUAUGCAAUGAAGAACUAGAGUGUAUCACACCUUGAUUUGUUUAUCAAGUUGCAUUGGAUUGAGUAGGCUUGCUUGGGGAUAAGAAAACGCCUAAGUGUGGGAGAGUUUGAUAACACCUAAAUUGGUGUUAUUUACCCUCCAUAUUUAGGUUUUUUUCAUGCUAAUUCAUGUUCAUAAUCAUUUGAAUAGCAUCGAUUGCAUCCAUAUUUCAUUCCUAUUUGAUUAUGAUGCGAUUUUAGGAUGUUUUAGACAAUAAAUGCGAAUUAGGUACGAAAAAGGACACAAGUGUAGCAAAAGGGGCAGAAGGCUAAUGAUCACGGCAUGGAAAUGGAGACAACGACGGAGAACAAAGACUUCAAAUUCAAGGCAAAGAUCGCGGCCUCAAAUCCCAUUAUCACGUCCACGAAUCUGGAGGCUUCGGGCGAGAACUUUGUGAAGAAGCCAGCCGAGGAGAAACAGAGAAUUUUCCCAGUCCGAUCACGGCCACAAUUCACAUUGACCGCGAUGAAGUUCGUGGUCAAGAUUCACGGAUCGCGACCGUGAAGUCAGCCCGCAAACCCCUUGCAUUUCAAGGCCAGAACGACAACGUCGCCAAAUCGCGACCUCAAGGAAGAAGAUCACGACUGUGAUCUUCACACUGCCUGGCCGUGAACUUCUCCAUCCUCUGAAGGCUAUAAAUAGAAGACCCCCUUCCCCCAUUCAAGAGAGCUUAUCUUUAGAGAGAAUUUCCCGGUUAUAGAGAGAGGGAGAGAGAUAAAAGAAAGAAGCUGAAGGAAGGAGAAGAGGAGGAGCUAAAAAAGAGGAGUCACCUUCCUCAUCAUCAAGUCUUCUCCAAUUUCUUCUAUGUAUCAUCUUCCCUCCUUUUAUGGAGUAGUCUUCUAAGGUACUAGGGUUCUAAACCCCAAACCCUAGUUCUAGUGCUAUCAUGUAAUGUAUGAAUAUUUUAGGGUUUUUAAUGAAUGUGUUUACUUAGU